AAUAGUAGACAACAAAUCCAAUUCCAAGUGCUUGACAUAAUGUCCAAUUAAUAUCAUAACAUUAUCUUUGUCAGUGCGCGCGAUACACACGUAUUACAAUCAUCUCAUUUUGUUCGAUUUUCAGUUUAGUUUUGGUUAAUUUGCCGAUCGGUUUUGCAUUCGAAUUCGACAAUUGAAACAUUGGGAAACGAACUCAUCGAGAAUAAAAACGAACCGAGAAACAAAAAUAUCGAAUAUUUUGCUAAUAGUGAAACGUCGUCGCGUACACAAUCCGUAUUGUUAUUGUUUCUUCCAUCAAAUUUUUUUUGAGCGUAUAUUUUUUUCGGCAUUCCUUUUUUUUCUCGUAUCAAAUCUGCUUCCAUAGACGGUUUCAACAGUUUUUUUUUCUUCUACCGAUUCGUCGAUGCAAAAAUUGUUCAUAAUUUUUUUUUCUUCAAAUGAUCUAGUUUAUGUUAAUAACAACAACAGCAACACGCAAAACAGAAUAUUGCUAUUGAAUUUUCAACAAAAGCGUAUUGUUGAAACCUUCGAUUCCAAAUAAAUAAGCACUGAAUCAUCAAGUUAUUUUGUUUUGUUCGCCAAGUGAUUGCCGUGCAAUUAACAAAAACACUGGCCUAGCCUUUGGAACAUCUCCAUUUUUCUCGUUCGUUUGUUUGAUCAUUUAUUUAAUUCGAUUUAAAAUUGCAAAGGGAAUUGUUGUUGUUAUUGCUGCUGCUGCUGUGUUUUUUGCGCCUGUUGGGAACGCAAUUUUCCCGUGAACUACGACUAAUUUUCAAACACAUAUUCUAAAACAUACAAUAGGGCAUACUAGGUCUAAUCACAACAAUUCACCAAGAUUUUUUUCUGCGCUCCGCACUACAAAUGACUACUACUUCGAAUCAAUUUAUUGUGAAAUAUUGCAUUUGAUUGUUAAACGCCAACAGAUCGAGAGAGAGAGAGAGAGAGAGAGAGAUAAAACAACAAACAUUUUUUGGUCUGCAUCGUCUUAUUAUAUAGCAUAUUUAAAAAGUUUCGAGCGAAAUUAGCGCGAUUUAUUGUAUAAUUGGCAAUCAGCGCAAGAGAAAUACACACACUGUGCACACGGUGAACACGAGUCAACAACGAUUUUAGUGAGAAACAGCGAGUUUUAGGAAAGGGUACAAAAUCUAUACAAACAAUGACAACCAUCGAAAAAAUACAAUCCGAGUAUCCGUUGCACUGGGCCGUUUGGAAUGAUGACCAUAAGGAAUUGCAAGAACUGCUGAAAACGAAUAAACAUGAUGCUGAGAAAUUGGAUACCAGAGGACGAACACCGUUGAUGUUGGCCGUUCGAUUGUGUCAUUUGCAGUCGGUGAAAGUAUUAUUGGCGGCCAAAUGUAAUGCGAAUGCCGAACGCGACGGUUGGUCUGUGGUCCAAGAAGCUGUAUGCACUGGCGAUCCCGCUACCUUAACCGCAAUACUAGAAGUGCGUGAUUUACAACGACAUAUCCAACGUACGACUCAUGUACCGCAGCUGCUUAAAAAGCUAAUCGAUGCGCCUGAUUUCUAUGUGGAAAUGAAAUGGGAGUUCACAUCAUGGGUGCCAUUGGUAUCGCGACUAUGUCCAAGCGACGUUUACAAAGUGUAUAAACGUGGUUCGAAUGUACGUAUCGACACAACGCUUCUGGGAUUCGAUGGCGUUGCCACCUGGCAACGCGGCAAUCGUACUUAUAUUUUCAAAGGAGAUGCCGAUGCAGCGACUAUGGUCGAAGUGGAUCAUGAUUCACAGGAUUUUACCGAAUUCCAAAUGCAAUCGGCCGAAUUUUGUUUAAAUCCGCCGGAACGAAAUGGACAGCGUCGUUUGAGCGAUUUAAAUGGCAUUGCGCCAACGAUAGAGUCGGUGGCCGCCCGUUUACAUGCACCGGUCACAUCGAAUCGCAUUGAUAUGGACAAAAUUAGUUUCGAACGAAACAAGACUGGCAUUUGGGGCUGGCGUAGUGAUAAAAUGGAAAACAUCAAUGGGUACGAGUGCAAAGUGUAUGCGGCGAGUAAUGUGGAAUUCGUCACUCGAACUCGAAACGAACACUUGAAUGAAACUCAAGCUCGGUCUCGUAACUCGCGUACACCAUUGCAUAGUUUCCUUGGCAUGGCCGAAGAAGAGUGUUCAAACGUUGACCAAUCGCUAUUCCGCGAUGCAUCGCCAAUUGCAUCGCCCGACAAUGAAGUAUCGACGAGUACACAAAUUGAUGUGCCAACCAAAGCGCUAACGCCAGAGGAAUACUUUGCCGAUGACGAUCUUAAUGGGCGUGACGUUGGCCAACCGCAAAAAGUCACAACGAAAGUGCAACGGUUCAAAGCAAAUCUCUGGCUCAGCGAAGAAUUUCCAAUCAAAUUGCAAGAACAAGUGCUUCCAAUUCUGGAUUUAAUGUCAACGAUGGCCAGUCCACAUGUCUCAAAACUCAAAGAUUUCAUUACAAUGCAAUUGCCGUCUGGUUUUCCGGUUCGUAUCGAAAUACCAUUGUUCCAUGUGCUGAACGCGUGUGUCACAUUUGGCAAUGUGUUCGGUUUGGAAACGGCCGUAAAAAAUGUGGAAAAUUUACGCGAAGAGGAUAGUCAACGUUUGAGCUGUGUCAUCGAUGAUAGUUGUUUUGAUAUACCGUCACAUUAUACGAAUAAGACCAAUGAAUACCGUCGCCAAUUAACAUUCGAGGAUGAAGACGAUUUGCUGCAGUAUGCAUUGCAACAGAGUCUCAUUGAAGCGGGCACCGAAUCGGAACAGGUUGACAUUUGGGAAGCAUUGAAAGCUCAACGACCCAUGUCACCGGCCAAUCUAACCGACGAAGAUGCUCAACUACAAAGUGCUAAUGCUAGUAGAAGAGGUAGUCUCGAUUUGAAUCCAUUAAAAUCCUUACGUAAAAGCCCAUUGAAGAGACUAUUUUGAAAAGAAAAAAAAAAUGGAAUGAAAUCAAUUUUUGAUUUAGACCAAAUUUUAGUGUUUUUUUUUCCUUUUUAGUUUGGCAAGCGCUAGUACCCCAUCACCUAAUUCGAUUGUCCCUUUGCAUUUUGCUUUUUGUUUUGUCAAUUUUAGGGUGCUACAUGAAUCGUUGUAUGGAUAUUAUCCGACAUCUGAGUCAACGCAAACCGACAACGGUGAUUUGACACCAGCAGCAAAUCAACAACAGCCAAAUCUUAAUACUGCCAUCCGUUCACCGACCACAGACAAUCUCGAUGCCGAUCUGGCCAUGGCGCUUCGCAUCAGCGAACAAGAGCAACACAUCUUACAAGAGGAGCUAAAACGUGAACAAGAAAUGCUGGAAGAAGUGCUUCGGCUCAGUCUGCAGGAAAAGUAAAGAAGAAGAGAACAACUGUUGCUAGGCUUUUAGAUAAAAUCAAUUCAAGCGGCAAGGGAGCACCAUAUCCAUCACAUAUACACAAAUAAGCCUCAGACUCACAUUUACACACAGCGCAUUGUUUGUAAUGUUUAAAUUGCCUUAAAAAAAAUUCCCUUCAAAUCAUCUUUAUUAUAUCUUUGUGAUACAAACUAGGCUACACACAUACUGUAACUACUAAAAAUGAAAACAUUUAGCUAUUUCAAGGGUUUGUAGGUAGACAAAAAACAAAUAACAAAUGAAUGUAUGAAAGAAAAAAAAACCGGAUUGCCAGAGAAUAACAGCAUCAAAAUAAUGCA